UUUGAAUAUUUGAAAAUAAAAGUAGACGUUGGAAAAGCCUCUGAUUUCACCAAUCAUCUUGUUGGCCCCAUUUCGGUUCUACAAGCUCUCAAGACCCACUAGAUUAGAGCGGCAUCGGACGCCCAAUUUUUGCAGUUUCAUUUCUACAAAAUCUUAGGGCUUCACAGCUCCAAAUUAUCCUCAUUACUACUCAAAACCUUCAUUUUCUUUUGGGCGUUACGAAGUUCACAGACUUUUCUUUCUGUUUUUUGGGAAAUUUAUUGUUCUUAUGGAGUGCAGCAACAUGGGUGAAUCGGCUUGCCUACGCAGAUCCUUCUCUCAUCCUUCCGAUGCUUCACGGGAGCCAAAAGAGGGAGAUCCUAUUCGAGCUCUUGGAGAAUCCAUUUCGUUUGGGAGGUUUAUGUCGGAGUCUCUUGCUUGGGAGAAAUGGUCUGCAUUUUCUCAUAACCGCUACCAGGAAGAAUUAGAAAAAUUAUCCAAACCAGGUUCUGUUGCUCAGAAGAAGGCGUAUUUUGAAGCUCACUACAAGAGGAAAGCGGCACAAAAAGCAGCAGCUGAGCUUGAGGAUACAAACACUAUGGUGACGACGAAUCAAGUCGAAACCGUGGAGUCUGCACCAUUGACACUGAACAACCAAGUGAUUGAAACUACUGAACCACAGAAUUUUGUCCAGACUGCUGAAUUUGUAUCUCCCAUUGAUUCACAUGAAUUUAUGAAUGAGGAGAUUAUGGUGGAAACAUUAACAGACAAGGUGGAAGAAGUUCUUGACCAGAACAAUUCCAUGGAGACUGAUCCUAAUAUCGAGAACGACAACCAGAAUGAGAAGGAUGACGACCACAGGAAAAUCGCGGUCGCUGAGGAUGAGAAAACACCGGCCGAAAACCAAGCUGCUGAAAAGGAGAUUAUGUCUUCAGGGGGAAGCUUGAAAAGAUUAAGGAAUUACUCCUCCAAAUUACUUACUCGAAGUUGGUCAUCAAAGCCUCAGGCCUCUCCUGCCAAACAAGCUAUAACCUCUAGUCUGCAAUCCACACACAGGGAUGGUAAUGCCACUCCAAAGAGUAAGAAACAUGUCGGGAAUAUUGUCAGGAAUUUGAAUACAAAAUCCGUCCACAGGUCGAUGCACUUUAAGUUCUUUCCGAAAGAAAUAGCUAAAACAAGUCCUGAACUUCCACAAAUUGGAAGAAAGAGAACUCAUAUGGGUUCACUUGCAGCAUCCAAAGAGGCUUCAGCUCCUCCUCGGAAGUUUGUCGGUAGGGUAGCGGCAUCUGUUAAUGGAUUGCUAAAGCAACCUUUAAUCAAGCCCCCAUUUGAAAAUAAAAGAUGCUUGAAGUCUUCAAAUGCAGGAGGAACCGUAAGCAAAGAACGGCCGCCUCUUAUAUGCUCUCCUUUCAGCUUCAGGAGUGAAGAAAGAGUGGCAAAACGGAGAGAGUUCUUUCAAAGGCUUGAAGAGAGAGCUAAUUCCAAAGAGACGGUGCAAAAGCAACCGCAAACAAGAUGUCAGGAAAGAAAGAAGAACGACGUUACUAAAUUACGUCAAAGCAUAAAUUUUGAAGCCAAGGCAACUCAAGAUUCUAACCAGGGAUCAAAAUUGCCUGCUGAUCACAUUAAUAAGAUACCUGUCACGAGACCUCGAUCGCCGAAACUUGGGAGGAAGGCAGCAAGCAGCAGCACGGUACAGAAUAUAAGCUCUCUGCCUCCGAAGAGGCCAUCGGUCACUUCCAAUGAUUUCAAGAAUGUCACGAGAAAGAGGUACGAAGGCACCACUCAAUCAGUCACUUCUCUUGGGAAGAAAAUGAAUGGCUGUGAAAAUUUUUCCCCAAAUAUCCAGAGCUGAUUGAUCUCCCUCUCAAUAGCUGGGAUGCACUUACUUAGUUUACACAUCAUGAAACUAAAGAAAGUUGGUUAGAAAGUAAGUUGUCUAUAUUUGUGAUGAGGAGAUGCUGUUCAGAUGACCAAAAAGUAUGCUUUUGUGUAGCCCACUUUCUGAUUGUUUGUGGAGUACUUAAAUAAUAUGCAGAAAUUUUGUAGUGAAAUGAUGAGAAAUAUUACCUGGUUUGGUAGGUUUUUGUACAUGUUUAAAUUUAUAUGUUCUAUACAUGUAAAAAUGUUGUGGUA